UUUGCGGUAUCUUAUAUAAAAGAAAACACCGUUUGCAAAUAUCAAAGAAUAGAGAUUGAUCGGUUAGUUUCAACGGUGAGUCCGAUAACUGUCUCAGUUUUCGCUCUUGUUGACGGGAGGUCGCAUUUUCUUCUGACUAAAAGCAAACCUCUGACAGCCUCUUUCUCGUAUUACUGGCCCCCUCAUCAAACGUACAUGCAUAUGGUUUCAAGUUACGAGAAAGUACACAUCUCUUCUAGUCUCAAGCUGUCGCGUCACGUUUUAGGAAGUUCACCCGCCCAUCAGUGUUUUGUUACUUACACAGAGGCUUUCUCUGCUCUGUAUCUGGCGUCUCCGUUCGUAUAACAGCCUCUGCCGGUUCAUGGCAUAAUGUUUAUAAAGGAUACGACUACAAACAAAGGGACAAAAGCAAAUAUAAAGGGGCUGAUCAUUCCGGCGUGUCUUUCAUACAAAUAUAGAUAGUAGAUAUGGCUUAUUCACUUAGUUGAGGUUAAGGGAAAUACUAAUUGUUGGCUAAGUUGUUACUAUUGUUUUCGUACAUUUCACGGAAAAAUAGGGCAAUCCCGAGCACUUUUUUCAGGGGGGGACAUCUUUCAGUUGGAUGGCCAAGCAGAACUUCCCCUCCCUCCUCCCGUUGAUCUCUAAUGCGCUUGGUUGAGAAAAUACAAUCUCUGUGGAGGGGGAUGCUACAGCUGUAUCAACAAACCGCAGGGGAGUUCCGGAUAUCUCAAACUUCCUGACAUCUCGCUGUUAGUCCACCUUUCCGGGGUUAUACUCAUGUCCAGCAUAUUCAACAAUCUUAUUUGAACCUGAAAGCCUUAAGCUUCAGGUAUUUUAGAUCAUUUUGCUUUUUCAAGAACAGGAAACUUUCUGUACUUUGACACGCCAUUAAUUUUGAAAUUGCGCGAGUUACGUGAAAACCAUCAACCACACGCUGAGGUUUUGAUUUUGACAAGUCCUUGUCAGCGGUAGGGUACAGGGCGAACCGUACAGGAUAUUUUCCCAUGAAUAAGCAAUAUUUCUUUUUUCGCGUGCACCGGGGAACAUGGUUCAUAGUUCACUUGCAGGUAGUACCUGUUGUGGUUGCGUUAACUGCCCAUCAAAAGGAAACCAACCUAUCACCAGCUUUUCAAUAAACCGGUUUACAAUCAAACGGUAACCAGAGAUUUUGAAAAAUCAAACUACAUGAACUUCGCAUCACGCAGCUAAUUUUUUUUUCGUAAGCAGGGUUCGCAGGGAUCUUUUAGCCCACUCAUCCAUGUUUUUUUGUACAAGAUGACGAACUGUUUCAAGGAUCUCAACUACGAUUCUAAACGUUCCUGGUUAGUCUGCGCAUCUUCGUUCGUUGUGCAGUUCACCAUCUUUGGGAUACACAGCUCCGUGGGGAUUUUUUUCAUCGCCUUGGAUAUGGAAUUUCACCGAAGCGAAUCCGCUACAGCAUGGGUAGGCUCUUUAGCGUUUGGCCUCAUGUUUUUCCUGGGACCUCUGACUACAGUGCUCUGCGAACAUUUUGGAUGUCGCGUGGUUACGUGCGUUGGAGGCCUUCUCUCAUUUGCUGGUCUUCUUUCGACGUCAUUCGUAACCAGUUUCCCGUUAUUGUACUUCACUUAUGGUUUUCUAUGGGGAGCUGGAACAAGUCUGUGUUACUUCGCCUCUUUGGUCAGUUUACCGUUACAUUUUAGGAAUUAUUUAUCACUGGCUUAUGGAAUCGCUAUAGCUGGGGCUGGCUUAGGUGUUCCGCCCACAACAUGGGCCAUCAAUCAACUUAUUACACAUUAUAACUGGAGAAUAACCAUGAGAAUUCUCGCCGGAAUGUCACUUUUGAUGAGCGUUUCAAGUGUGAGCUACGGUGGGCUUGCAACCGUGCAAGAGCACUGUGUUGGAAUGGAGAAGAGCAACGCAUCUGGGCAUUCAAAAAUUGGGACUGUCGUAAAGCUUAAAUUAGGUAUUUUGGAAUUUCUUAGUUUAAACCCUUGGAAAAACAAGGCCUUUGCGGUUUGGGCCGUUUCCCUAAGCUUCAUUGCGUUUGGAAACUUUAUACCAUUUGUCUUUUUGAUCAGCAUUGCAAACGAGAUUGGAAUACCCAGCUCCAAAAGCGCAUUACUCUUAGGUUACCAGGCUAUAACGCAAACGGCUGCUCGCAUAGCGUUUGGAAGGCUUGUUAAUUAUCCUCGAAUGAACAGAGUGGUAUCAGUUCAAAUAAUUGGCCUUGUGUUAGCUGUUAACGCCACACUCUUUCCUUUAGCGAAGACGUACUCUUCUUUAGUUGUAUAUGUGGUUGUUUUCGGGUUUUUCGAUGGAAGUUUAGCUGUUAUGUUUGGAAUGGGCACCCUGUAUAUUGUUGGAGAGAGACUCGCGGGGCGUGCAUUUGGAAAUCUUUGUUUUGCAGCAGCUAUUGGAAAUGUACUUGGCCCUCCUGUAGCAGGCUUUGUCUUUGAUGUCUUCGGAAAAUAUGACAUUGCAUUCUUCCUUUCCGGCGCUUUUAUGACAUUUGGGGUUUGUCUGUUGUUCCUCGUGCCUUGGUUAAUGCCGGAAAAAAUGGAAGUAAGCGAAGAAAGCGCUGUUCUUUUAAGUGACGAUGCCUCCAAGCAAUCAACUAACUACAAACAGAAGCCCAGAGCAAUUUACAGCUUUCCAAUAGAGGCUGCUUUCUUUGCGCAAACUCGCUGCGAUCACGUGCUACAACAUAGCGUCUCCAUGGGAACGCUGAGAGACACUGAUACGUCACCUUUGAUGAAGUCAGCAAUAUUCCGCGCAUGGUCCGCCGCUGCCCACUUACAUUACACUGAUUCUCUUAAUGGUUCGUCAGGUUAUGAGAGCGACUACAACAGACAGAGCUCUUCUACACAGUACAGCGAAGUCAUAGAUAAGUCUCUGGAAAACAAACCAGGAUCUAUAACCUUGAUUACACCGGCUAUGAGUUUUGACGAUAUAGAAGUUAUCGUUCAACGGGAGAAAUUGGAAAAAGAGAGCUGGGGUGGAAGUGCUACUGAUCUGUAUAGUGUUAUGUUUGAAUCCUUGUUGGAACGAGAGACACCUAAUCCAAGAACUUCACUUGCAGAUGAUUCAAGCAGUGAAAGCGAUUCCAAGGCUAAUACAGAGACUAGAAUUAUACUCAAUUUUUCCCAGUCAGAAUUUAGGUGUAACUUAGACCUUUGUCGAGAAACGAUUUUAUAAAAUUACCUUUUAAGCUAUUUAAUCAGGAUUCUUUUUAUCAUUAUGCUUAAGGUGCUUAUUAUUACUUAAAAUGGCCGGUCAUACCAGUGCAUUGACGACGCGAAAAAUGUUAUUCCCCAGGACUGCUUUCUGAUCAGAUUAGUAAAUUCCUGGGAUCUAUUCCGUCAACACUUCAACCGUAUACCCCAUUCACACAAAGCUUAGACAUGUUUCAAAGCUUUUUUUUUAACACGGGUUAACAUUUUUUUCAUCAUAGAAGUUGCUUAAACUGAUGUUUGUCGACUUCAAAUUUUAUACUUAGCUCUUAUUAACCGAACGGGAGGUCUGUAUGGGAGAAUCUUGACCGAGGUCGCCAGUACAGACCGAACGCAGUGAGGUCUGUACC